AUGGUCAAGCAGAAAAACCACACCGCCCGUAACAACACGGUGAAGGCCCACCGCAACGGUAUCAAGAAGCCGAAGAACCACCGCUUCCACUCCACGCGCGGCCUGGACCCUAAGUUCCUGCGCAACCAGCACUGGGCCAAGAAGUUCGACAAGAAGCACCGCAACCGCAAGAACAAGAACAAGGAGGAAUAA